CUUUUUUCCGCUCUGUGCCGUUGAGACCCUUUUACUCAGUCCUCAACAACAACGGCAGCUGCUGACUUUAUUGAUUUCAUAUUCCAUUUCCCAGAAUAAGGAGAGAGAACAAGUUCAAGAAGUGCACUCUUACACAGUUGUGGCUGGUGCUUAAUUGUAGGAUUUGGCCAUGAAAGACAUGUUUAAUUAUAAUUUUGAAGGGAAAUAUAAUAACUGUAUUUGAGAUUGAACUAUUUCACUUAAUAAUAACCGUUACGCGCGGGUGUGUUCACACGGCAGCGUGUAAGAAUCCUCCAUUAUUUAAAAUUCUUGGAGCUACUUUGUGACGAGCAGCUUUUCCCAUCCUGUUCAUCCAAGUAGCGCAGCCCAUCCCUCUUUUUUUUUGCUCCGUGGGCGUGGUAUGAGUUGGGAAAACAAACUGCAGACACCCUAUGAUACUUCCUCACCCUGCAUCGGUUGAGUUGGCCCGCGGCACCUAGUCAGCUGGCUUGUGCGUAAUUCUCCAAACAGUGGCUUUACGCGUUUUUUCCUCCCCACGGGCGUUUUUUCUUUUCUUUUUGCGCACAGUUGCCACCAGGAGCGGCUGACAAUCUCCGACUCGCACUACUACUCCACAGUUUCUCUCACAUCAAAUGGGGGCAGCGGAUUGCAGCAGCAGCAGCCGUGGGAGCAGAGCGCAGACCGCACUUUGAAGAGGCUUCGGCUCCAGCUUCAGCCGAAAUGUACUAGUGACACGGCGGUUGUAGAGAACGAGGAAACGGGCUGAAAACGACGAACAUGAGCGGCGGAGAAGUCGUCUGCCAGGGCUGGCUGAGGAAGUCACCGCCGGAGAAAAAGCUCAGAAGAUAUGCGUGGAAGAAGCGCUGGUUCAUACUCCGUAGCGGCCGCAUGAGCGGCGACCCCGACGUUCUUGAGUACUACAAGAAUGACCACUCCAAGAAACCCAUCCGGGUCAUCGACCUGCACUGCUGCGAGCAGGUGGACGCCGGCCUGACCUUCAAGAGAAAAGAGUUCCAGGACAGCUUUGUGUUUGACAUCAAGACCUCGGACAGAACAUUUUACCUUGUGGCUGAGACGGAGGACGAGAUGAACAAGUGGGUCCGCUCCAUCUGCCAGCUGUGUGGGUUCAACCAGUCGGAUGACAACCACGAUGGCAGGUUACACCAUAUGCCACGUUCCGUCGGAGCAGAUGUCACCGGCUCCAUGGCUCCCCUGACUGUUGAACGCAAGUCUUCUGCCCCCAUCCACUCCAGCCAGCCAGUCCUCUUCACCUUUGAUGUGCCUGUGCGCCACUCACACCACGGUUCUUUAUCCAACAGUGCGCCCCAGGACUACCUCCUCCUCCACCAGUGCAUGAGCAGGAAGACUGAGAGCGCAAGGAGUGCCAGUUUCUCCCAGUCCACACGAAGCAGCCUGUUUAUGGGCAGCGACUCUGCCGUCCAGAAACUCUCUCACGGCUUUUCCCACUGUCUGAAUGGCAUGGGUGCCCAGCUGCAUGGUUUCUACAGCCUGCCUAAACCAGGGAAGCACCAGUUACCGGGGCAUGAUGACUCCCAGGAGGCCUGUUACGUGCUCCCCCGGGGUUACAGCUCGGAGGCACCGGCACACAGCGCUCUAGGUGACUCGGAGCUGGAGAACGAGGAGGUCUACACCUUCAAAACGCCAUGCAACACCCUCGCCACCAUGCACAACAACGAGCGUCCAACUGACAAUUACGAUCUCCCUACGACGCCUGGCUCCUUCUACCAGAUCCCACGGACAUUUGAUAAGAAUCACAAUUCUUUGACACCCUCCAGCUCCGAGUCCUCCUGUGCCCCUCCUCCCAGGCCGCCUAAACCCAGCCAGGGGUCAGAGGGGCAGUGGGGGAGUCCCCAGUCAGUAGGAAGUCAGAACGGAGAGGUGACUUCUGCGGUUUCGGUUAUCCCACGCAGGAAUACUCUCCCUGCUGUUGAGAACAUCAGGCUGCACAGAGGCUCCUCCUUUGAAACUAACAGCCAUCAUCGUCCAAUCCAUUUCAACAACUCAGGCCAGUCUGUGGAGUCUGUCAAUGACGGUUUCAGCUCCUACUUGAGAACCAAAGCCCCUCUGACUCGCUCAGACAGCGGCAACUCAGAUGACAACUAUGUGCCCAUGAAUCCUGGCUCCUCACCACUCAGCGCUGCCCUGGCUGACAGUCCUAAGAAUAUCUACAUCCCCAUGAGCCCGGGGCCACAUCACUUUGAUUUCCCAGGAUUCUCCGCAACUCUACCUGCCCGCAAGGGGAGCAGCGCCUCCCUGUGUCACAGGCCCAGUCGUCUCAGUGAUGUCACACCUCCUCCCAUCAACCGCAACCUCAAGCCUAACAGGAAAUCGAAGCCAACACCUCUUGAUUUGAAGAACAAUGGGAUUAUUGACGAGCUGCCAUUUAAGAGUCCAGUCACCAUGUCCUGGAUCCGUCCCAUGCCUGCUAUGAACUCCAUGUCCUCGCAGCAUUGUCGACCCAUCUCCACACAAAGCAUCACCAGCACCGACUCUGCAGACAGUGAGGAGAAUUAUGUGGCUAUGCAGAACCCAGCGUCUACCUCUCCAGCUAUGAGUGGCACCAGCAGCCCGGCCCAGAGAAAGUGUGGUAACGUGGACUACCUAGCACUGGACUUCCAGCCUGGCUCACCCAGCCCACACAGAAAACCGUCCACGUCCUCCGUGACCUCUGACGAGAAGGUGGACUACGUGCAGGUGGACAAGGAGAAGACCCAGGCGCUGCAGAGCACCAUGCAGGAGUGGACCGACGUGCGGCAGUCAACAGAAACAGCCAAGGGGGUCAAGUCCUGACACUGACCUGUACAAAAACACGAAAAAAUAAAAUGUUUCCAAUCUUAACUAUUAUUACCAUGAAUACCGGUCGGGCUCGUUUAAGCCCGAGACUUUUGGACAAAAAGCCAUUAACUAUCCCGCGCCUCUUCUCUGUGAUGGUUACUACUGCGGCGUACUGUUAACGUCCAGAAUAUCAGGCCGUGUAGGUGAAGCACGUCGAGCCGAACCCCGAGCUCUUCACACAGACUGUUAUGUGACAGUGUAUGGACAUUAACGUGUACGUAUAUCAUCCUUACUUAUCAAUCAGUCCUUUUAUAAAUUACAGGUUGUUCAUCAAAGCUGGGCCACCACCCUCACCCCCCCACCCUCCCAUCCCCCUUUUGCAACUGUUUUUUCGGAGUUUAGCAGGUAAUUUUACUCAAUCGCUGCUGUUUAACACGGUAACUGGUCGAUAACCAUUUCAAUAUACUGUAAUAGUGCGCUUGCCGGUCUCAGGAAUGCCAGGAUGCACUCCAGUUUUUGGCAUGCAGGCACUCUCUCUCUAUCUCUCCCUCUCUCUCUCUCUCUCUUGCCACUUCAAUCUAUCAUUUGUGCUGAGUCGUGCAGAAGCAGCAAGGAGAUUAUUUUCACCGCGGGCAAUCAUUUCAGCUUAGCAGUGCAUGUCUGGUAAGAGGAGGAGGAGGAGGAACAGUGUGUGUGUGGGGGGGGGGGUUACAGCGAUAUAAAGAGUCCGUGUCAGAAGCUCUAAUGAUAACGGUGCAUGACUGUUGCUUCACUUUCAGUUAAGUAUGAGCCCCAAACAUAUUUAAAAGCUGUCAGGCUGGACGAUGCAGGUACAAAGUCUGUAAAUGUACAGAAUGAAAAAAACCAAAACAAGAAAUAUCUUGUGUGUCUAUGUAGGUUGAGAUUUUAAAACAUUUCAUUUUUAAACGUGCACUGACCGAGGCGAUGAUUGAGUCGGAGGAAAGUCAAUAUAAAUAUCUCCAUUUCUCCGUCUUUUGCCUCCCUCUCGAGACCAUAAAUAAAAUGCCCAAGUAGGAGGAGGAGAAUAGCAUAUUUAUGUUUACCAGAUUUCAACCAGUCGCUGAUUUAUGUCUCCAGGCGUUGAUAUACUGUACCACACACACACACACACACACACACACACACACACACACACACACACACACACACACACACACACACACACACUACCCCUGCAACUCCAUCUCUGAAGAGUAAUUGUUUCCUCUGUGUAAAUUAUUAAUAGAACGACAUAUUUGCAGCACAUCUCGUCGGCUGUUUGAUGCACUCGUGUGAGACAGGGAAAAAAAAGUGCACUGUGACGAAAUGAAGAUUUGCCAGUGAUCGUUUUGUUACAGUAUGUAAAAACAACGGCGGGAGAGGAUGUCGUCUUCACUCCCUGAACUCCUAACCUUGUGCGAUUUGCCUUAUAUUUUCAUUUCACUGAAGAUUUUCAAAGUUUGCCUUGAUGAAAUUUUAUUAUUUGCCAUAUUAUUCAAGGAAGAGCCAUAUUGUUGUUGUUGUUGUUUUUUAGGACAAAUGAAUGAUGACGUUUGUAGUUCAACUUAAGUCCAGUAUUUCAUUGUGGGCUGGAACCACUGAAGGGUGAAUCUGAGUCGUGUGGCCACGCAGUGCUCGAUGAUAUUAUUCAUAAUUUCAUUAAGAUUUUCUUCUUAAUGUUUUUUCUACCAUUUUUACUGCUUUUGUAUUAUUUUUAUCGUUACUUUUUACGGAUAGGUUGUAAGAACGUGGUAUUCCUAAGAAACGGGGCAGGCUAAGUGAAGCUGUGUUUGUUUCUACAUCUGUUUUAUUUCUUUUAAAACUCCCAUUUUUAUUUUUUUUUUAUGAUCUGUACAUGAAACGGGGAGCAUGGCAGUUUGAGUUGCACUGGCAAAGCCCUUCUGUGGGUGAACUGUGAUUAUAAAUCACAAAAGAGCAGGAAUCGAAAAGAGGAAAGAGAAGACUGAAGAAAAAAGCCCGUCUCCCUGUUCGACUCUGAAGUAAAAUAGAUGUGUAAUUUAUUAUCUAGAGGGAGAGACAGCGACAUCGUGUGCAGAAGAGCUGUGUCUGUGUUGUAGUAGUUUUGUGAAUUGUAGUAUGUUAAAUGACAGCCUGACUGGGCGACACUGAAAACACUGCUCAGAUCUACUGUCAGACUGUCACUGGGUUGACGUACUGUACUAGUAGACAUCAGUUUGUUUGUUUUUUGUUUUUUUAACCACUUUUAUUGCUACUACUGUAAAGCGUUUUUGCCGAUUGCUCGUGUUUUAAUUUAUUAAUUUAUUGUGCGUUGUUUUUGGGUUUUUUUUGGACUUGAUUAUUGUAAAAAAGAAAAAAGAAAAAGACGAAAAAACACAACAAGGAAACGUUCUCUCUACUAACACUGAUGUAUGCAAAACUGUCUUGAUUUUGUAAAGCAAUAUGACCAAUGAUGCCAGUGUGAUGAUGAUGAUGAUGAUGAUGAUGAUGAUAAUGUGGUACAGUUAACUUGGGAUUCAAACGAAUACAAGGUUUUCUUAUUCCUGUAUUAUGGUAGAUUUAAACUGUGGACGUAGAAUAAAUCAAGAAGAGAAAGA